GUUCCUCUCUGGAACUUCUCUGGGUUUUUCGUGAGUGUUAGUGUGUGUGUGUGCUUGUGAGGUGGUCCGAGGUGGUCCGAGGUGAUGCAUGGCGGUGCCGUCUACUGGACUGCACUCCAGGAUGCAGUGCAUCACCCACAAAAGUGGAGGUGCAUGGCGGUACCGUCUACUGGACUCCGCUCCCGGACGCAGUGCAUCAGCCAUAAAAAGUGGCGAUGCAUGGCACCUUCUUGCCUGGAGUGGACUUCGGGACGCAGUGCAUCAGCCUCCAACCAGGUGAUGUGUAGUGACACUUUCUGCUUGGAAUCGACUUGUGGACUUUAGGAUUCAGAAGAUCGAGAACUAAACUGAGUCGUAAGUUAAGUUAAGUAAGCUGACGUCUUCAACGCACGCUGGAUCGUCGUGGAAUAAGCAACUUUACUGCUGCAACGUACUUUACUUUACUGGAUCGUCGUGGAAAAAGCAACUUUACCGCCUUCGCUGCUCAUCUUCAGCAACUCGGAGGAAUCAUCUCUCCCAAAGAGGUGGUGGAUGUGCUUGCUUGUGCACUAGUUGCUGAAGAUAGAUAGGUCGUUGCCAAGUUUCCAGGAUGCAGAUUUGAGAACCUGGCGAGGUUUCAGUUGUGCGUGUUUGUGUGUGAGUUGAAUGUUCGUUCAUGGCGACGACACCCCAAAUGUACCUGAAAACAGGAAGCAGGUCACAGGACACCAGGGAUUUAACGGGGAUGAACUGCUGAAGCUGCCUGAAGGAAUCCGAAUCCGAAUCCGAAUCCGAGCGGACGAACUCCAUUAGCCGCGCAUAGAUCCCGGAAAUGCGGCACCUGCCACGCGCCGCUGCCAACUGAGGAACUGAGGAGGAAACGAGGGGAAUCCCCGAAUCCGAAUCUGAAGCACUCGCCAUGGAGAACAGUACGGACCUGCUCUACCAGUACCGCCUCGCCCCCUCCGCCAGUCCGGAAAUGCAAGUGCAGCUGCAAGUGCAAAUGCAGAUGGAAGUGGAAAUGGGCGACCUGCGCCAGGGGGCAGUGCCUCAUCUGCCUGGGAACGAGUCGCAGCUGCUGGGGAUGGCGGAGUACGGGUUCGGGAACGGGAGCGAGAGCCUCGACUACCCCAACUACCAGCAGAUGGCCGGGGGACCCGCCGCCUGUCGCCAGGUGGACAACAACGUCAGCUACUGGAACCUCACCUGCGACUCCCCGCUGGACUACGCGAUGCCGCUCUACGGCUACUGCAUGCCCUUCCUCAUGAUCAUCACCAUCAUCUCCAACUCGCUCAUCGUGCUCGUGCUGAGCAAGAAGAGCAUGGCCACGCCCACCAACUUCGUGCUCAUGGGAAUGGCUAUUUGCGACAUGCUGACGGUUAUAUUUCCGGCACCAGGGCUCUGGUACAUGUACACAUUCGGCAACCACUACAAGCCCCUGCAUCCGGUCUCCAUGUGUCUGGCCUACAGCAUCUUCAACGAGAUUAUGCCUGCCCUGUGCCACACCAUCUCCGUUUGGCUGACUCUGGCCCUCGCCGUGCAAAGGUACAUUUACGUGUGCCACGCCCCCAUGGCCAGGACCUGGUGCACGAUGCCGCGGGUGCGGCGGUGCACGGCGUACAUCGCCCUGCUGGCGCUGCUGCACCAGCUGCCGCGCUUCUUCGACCGCACCUACAUGCCGCUGGAGAUCGAGUGGAACGGGGAGGCGACCGAGGUGUGCCACCUGGAGACGGCGCUCUGGGUGCACGAGUACAUCGGGGUGGACCUGUACUACACGAGCUACUACCUGUUCCGGGUGCUGUUCGUGCACCUGCUGCCGUGCAUCAUCCUGGUGACCCUGAACAUCCUGCUGUUCGCGGCGAUGCGGCAGGCGCAGGAGCGGAGGAAGCUGCUCUUCCGCGAGAACAGGAAGAAGGAGUGCAAGAAGCUGCGCGAGACCAACUGCACCACCCUGAUGCUGAUCGUGGUGGUGUCCGUGUUCCUCCUGGCCGAGAUCCCCAUCGCCGUGGUCACCGUGAUGCACAUCGUGAGCUCGCUGAUCAUCGAGUUCCUCGACUACGGCCUGGCCAACAUCUGCAUCAUGCUGACCAACUUCUUCCUCGUGGUCAGCUACCCGAUCAACUUCGGCAUCUACUGCGGCAUGUCGCGCCAGUUCCGCGAGACCUUCAAGGAGAUCUUCCUGGGGCGGCUCAUGGCCAAGAAGGACACCUCCACCAAGUACUCCAUCGUCAACGGGGCCCGCACCUGCACCAACACCAACGAGACGGUCCUCUAGUAAUUGGUGAUGUUGGUGCCGCGGCGGGGCAGCAGCGACCACCGACGUGCCACCGCCACCGCCACCACCACCACCACCACUACCAAGUGUGGUGGUGGGUCAGGUGGUUCGGUGGGCGGGGAGCCCCGUCCGCAGCACCAGCAUCUGGUAACGCACCACCUGCAGACGCACUCCAAUCCCGGCCAGCAGCGGCGGGUCAGCCACGUCGCCAUGGAGAUCAUCGCCGAGGAGCGGAACGUCUAGACCGGAGUGCUGGGAUUCAGAGGAUUCGGGGGGAGAGCGGAUCGGAGCCCCCGCGAGUGUGCAGUUUAGGCUUAGUGUUUAGGUUGGCCCUCUCCCUUCGAUAGAGGGAGUCCAGAUGGAGGGAGUCCACUUCCCACUUCCCCCAGUUACAUGUAGAGGGAUUCGAGGGCGAGGCCAACCGGAAAGGUUUCAAAUUCAGAGGAAGGAACGGAAGAGGAACGCAGGAUUGAAAAGAAGUGGUAGAAGCCAGAGGGAUGAGUUCGGAUAGCCACGUAUCCACAGCCGAAGGCCACUUGAAAACUACAAAUAGGAUCGUAGGGAAGUCAAACUACUAUGUAUAAUAAGCCUGGAUAAUGGGUAACACUCACUUGAAUCUGUGUGUUUGCUGUGCGUCGAUGUCGUAUUUCCAGUAGGUGUUCGUGUUCUUCUCGGAUAAGGUCAUCGGAAUCUAUGUAAUAGGUGAUGGAAUCGGGAGCUGAUAGCUGGCGGGGAUUCCCAACAAUGGGGAAAUAUACUGGAGAACAGGAAACCCUUCAACUGAAUGCAAGUAAUCAAUAAAAGUUAUUAGUGUUAGCUGCUAAGGCUUCUGUAGGUAGAACGUUAUUUUCGGCGGCCUUCGAGCGCCCUUUUGUAAAAUAUUUUUGUAACCUAAUCGGAGUUUUAAGUGUAGCUAGCUGUAGGACUGGAAACUCGUUUAAAUUCGUAAACCUUUUGAGCCCCAGCGUUUACCUAUUUAAAUGAACGGAGAGAAAAACCAAAAACAAAACAGAACUUAAGCUAGUAAAUCAGUGGUAUCGAAUUUCAACCCGACUUAGGCUACGAACCUUUUUUUUCUAGACUUAGGAUCAGGAUAAACAAUUGGAAUUCAGUGUUGAUAUGUGUCAAGUGUUUACAAUUACAGUUUGCAGUUUGCAGUUUGCAGUUUCCAGUUUCCAGUUUGAGUGUUUAAAGCGUACAACUAGCUGACUAAGGAACUAAUACCCAACUAAGCAACUAAACUGCGACUAAGCCGAGCAGCAAUCUCAACAAUAACCUCUAAACGUAAAUAUAGCUGAGGGUCGUCUGCCUGGCGGAACGUGUUAACUAUUGAUUAUUCGUCUGAUUUCGAAUUGGUUUUGUACAUACAUUUCGACGGUGCAUCCAACAAAUAAUAAAUGAACUAACUAAAUGUCA